AUGACCGCCGGCGACCUAAACAGACACAGUCACCACUCGUCAGUGGUGAUAUUCGUCCAAUCAGUCCCUGACAAACUGGAAGAAUGUGGUGUACAGUUUCCACGAAAAUCAAACAAGUGCACCACUAGCGGGCAAGACGAGAUGGGUAAGAACCGAGCCGCAUGUUUCCAUAAACAAACAGUCAGUGUGCAGCAACCUAUGUUGGCGCCGCAGGGUGAGAUAGAUAUGAAUACAAAUUCUCUAAACCCCUGA